AUGCUUCAAACACGGCCUUCUUCCGCUGGUGGCAUGCUGCCUCCUCAGAACCAGGGCUCAUCGCAGUAUGCUGCCCAGCAGCCGCGCACCAGCUUCUACGGAACAUCUAAUAACAUGGGGGCUGCUCCUGUGCUCUACCGCUCCUCUACGGCACCGAUCCAGCCAUAUGCAUUCACGUCUACCCCGAGCCUUCACGCCACAAAUGCAUGGCAACCUCAAAUGCAGCAGCACUCACAAUACACCACGGCCGGCAACCCUCGGACCUCUGCCACUGCUCCUCAAUUGCCCAGAGUGCAGAGCUUCGACAGUGCUCAGAGCCUUGCACGGAUCAGCCGCCAGCCCGCCAGCGCCUCCACGAACAACCUGGCUACCGGCACACCUGCCGCGAACCGUUUCGUAGGCAGCCGCGACGACUCAUCAUUGCCUGCCCAGGGUGUUCGUCGGGUGUCUGCUACACCGCGUCCUCAGUCCGCCGCCUAUCUGACUGGUUCUGCUCCGCAGCUCUCAUUUACGCAAGCGAUUCCCGCUCGUCCCUCCCCAGACAGAUACAGGCGGCCGGCUGGCAACUCGUCGCAGCAACAGCAGAAGCAGGCUUCACAAUCGCAGGCCUCUGCUGUGCCUUCCGGUUCCGGCAUGGCCAGCGUUGGCCACCUGUACGCCUCGAACGGCGGCAGCAACAGUAGCCUGCCCGACCAGCAACAAAAGUCCUCAAUGCUGCGCACGCAGCCUCUAUCUCAGCUGGGUGCGGAUCCACGCCGGAACAGUUUCCACGACAAUAUGCUGAGCGGUUUGGCUGCCGACGACAUCCAGCUGCAUCGCCAGUCCGGUGAUGAUGUGAAGCGGUUCCGUCGCCGUAGCAUGUCGUCUCUGAGCGCCUCCGAGUACACGAUUGCCCCUGUUCUGCCAAGGCCCGAGGAUUUCCGCCGGCAACAACAGCCUGCGCCAAGGAGCCCCAUCAAGGAAAAGCUUCUGACGCCCGUGAACUCGCACCAACCUGUGGUGCAUCACACAAAGGCCGGCAGCUCAGAGAGCAUUGCAUCCCACCGCAGCAGUGGCUCGCGUCCAUCUGUAAUUAUUGUCAACCAGAACGAUGCGCUUACCGACAAGAACAAAGAAACCCCGAGACUCAUCAACAUCCCGCCCCGCAUCUCUUCCGAUGUCACCAGCCGUCUGGCUAGUACGCUGUCGUUCACUGGCACACCUGUCGACGUUGGUAGCGAAGGCAGCGAUGCUGGCGGUUCAAUUGUAACGGCCCCUCCCGCCAUCAACCAAAACGGCAACACAGCUAGCCCGGCUGGUAGCAUCCGCGAGGCUCCGGCGGCCCGGCCGUCUGGGAUGCCGAGCCACCUUGAGAGUCCUGCAAUGCGCCACCUUUCUGCUAUCAACCAGAAGGGCGGCAGGCUUCGGAGCAAGACGUCAAAACUCCGCCGUGCGUUCUCUUUUGGUAGCGCUGCCGACUUCCGCAAGGCAGAUGGUCCGGACGAAGAAACUGAAAACGUGACUUUGCCGAACAAGUUGCAGAAGGAGAUGACCGACCAAGAGGCGUACGAUGCUGAGCAGGCUCGUAUUGCGCAGCAGCAGGAGGAGGGCGGCAUUGGCAGCAGCAUUUAUGGCGCCAAGAUCUUUUCGGGCUCGACCGACAACUUGUCCAUCUCAUCGACGGCUUCGUCUGCAUCCAUCAUGAUUCGCAAAAUGGGUCGUGGCAUGAAGAAGAGCACGCGGUCGCUUGUCGGCCUGUUCCGGCCAAAGUCUGUCAUUGGUGUUCCGGCUGCAGACGGACCAGUGGCCAGCCCUGUCACAACGUCCAACGGCGAGGCCGUUGAGGCUACUGUUUCGAUGGUGACGGUGGAGGCUGAGCGCGAGCGUGUCAAUGUCAACUCGGACCUUCACGAUAAAACCGGCGGUGGUACUGGCUUCCCGCGGCUGGAGAGAAACUCGAUUGAUGCCUCUCGCAUCUCCAUCACAUCUGACCGCCUGGAUAGCUCGGGCACCGACAACUCGGCGGCGGCGCGGAAGAGCAUCAUUGAGGGCGACAAGGAGCGUGCUGAGGUUCUGGCGGCUGUCCGGAAGGGCAUUCUGAAGAACACCAGCGGCGCCUCCAACCCAUCGCGAAGUCCGGCGGACAUGCGUGGCCCCGCCCUUGAGCUGUACAACCCGCCUCCCAUUAGCGAAUCACCGGCGUCGAGCGCGCCUAGCACGCCCAACGAUGAUGUGCAGGGCCAUAAACGGACGGGCUCUGUGGCUAUUGGCGGCGAGGACUAUUUUGUGUCGGCGCUUCGUCUGCGCAACGACAGCCGCAGUGGUAGCAGCACGCCGCAGGGCUCUAUGAAGCGGUCUGCUACGUUCAGCCCCCGUAUUGUGUUCUACGACACAUGGCACAGCCAGGAGUACGACCGCCGGGGCGAGAUUGCCACCUGCAACCGCCUGACACCUAUGCUUGCUCAGCAGAUCAAGGAGGAGCUGAACAGCUUUAAAAUGGAAAUGGAGGUUCACGAAAACUCGAAGAUCUACACGCACUUCUUCUAA